AUGGUUCCCGAGGUGAGGCUCCUCUCCGCCUUGCUGGGAUUGGCGCUGCUCUGGUUCCCCUUGGACUCGCACGCCCGGGCCAGCCCAGACAUGUUCUGCCUUUUCCAUGGGAAGAGAUACUCCCCUGGUGACAGCUGGCACCCCUACCUGGAGCCCCACGGCCUGAUGUACUGCCUACGCUGCACCUGCUCUGAGAAUGCCCAUGUGAGCUGUUACCGCCUGCACUGCCCACCUGUCCACUGUCCGCAUCCUGUGACCGAGCCCCGGCAGUGUUGUCCUCGAUGUGUGGAACCCCACACACCUUCUGGGCUCCGGGCUCCCCCCAAGUCCUGCCAGCACAAUGGGACCAUGCACCAACAUGGAGAGAUCUUCAGUGCCCAGGAACUGUUCCCCACACGCCUGCCCAACCAGUGUACCCUGUGCCGCUGUACUGAGGGCCAGAUCUACUGCGGCCUCACCACCUGUCCGGAGCCUGGCUGUCCCGCACCCUUCCCCCUGCCCGACUCCUGCUGCCAGGCUUGUACAGAUGGAGCAAGUGAGAAAUCUGCUGAAGACCACACCAUGUCAUCGCUUCCGGGGGUGAGACAUUCCCAGCAUCCAUGUUCUGGCGAUGGUGGGAGGAGAGGCCUGGGCACGCCGGCCCCUACUGGCUUCAGCUCCCCUCUGAGCUUCAUCCCUCGUCACUUCCGACCAAAGGCAGCAGGCAGCACGACUGUCAAGAUUGUCCUGAAGGAGAAACAUAAGAAAGCCUGUGUGCAUGGGGGGAAGACAUACUCUCACGGUGAGGUGUGGCACCCGGUCUUCCGCUCCUUCGGCCCCCUGCCCUGCAUCCUGUGCACUUGUCAGGAUGGUCACCAGGACUGCCAGCGUGUGACCUGUCCCACCGAGUACCCCUGCAACAACCCCAAGAAACUAGCGGGGAAAUGUUGCAAGAUUUGCCCAGAGAAUAAGGUUGACCCUGGCCACAGGGAGGUCAGUUCCACCAAGUGUCCCAAGAUGCCUGAACAAGUCCUCAUCCACAUGUCAGACUCCCCAAGCCCAGACAACCUGCACCGCUUCGCCCUUGAGCAUGAGGCUUCUGAUCAGGUGGAGAUCUACCUCUGGAAGCUGGUAAAAGAUGAGGAAACUGAGGCUCAGAGAGGUGAAGUACCUGGCCCAAGGCCACACAGCCAGAAUCUUCCACUUGAUUCAGAUCAAGAAAGUCAGGAAGCAAGACUUCCAGAAAGAAGCACAAAGCUUCCGGCUACUUACUGGCACCCAGGAAGGACACUGGACUGUCUUCCGAGCCCAGACUCCGGAGCUGAAGGUCACAGCCAGCCCAGACAAAGUGACCAAGACCUUGUAACAAAGACCUAAA